AAGCCCUUACCGGUGUUCUGGAAAAUGGCGGCUAGGCACGUGGCAGGAAGCAGGAUAAUACGCCUUAGCCGCAAUGCUUAACUUCGGCCGGGAUGUCCUAUGAUAGGAACUCCAGAUGGCGUAGCAGGUGGAUUCCUUCAUAUUCUUCUCUCAGUCUUUGGUGGUGUGAACGAAGGUGAAAGAAAAUUGUCUCUGCGAAGUCAAUGGAGUGGCUCAUCAUUUUCUCCAGAAAACUCCUCCUCUGACCAACACGAGGACAGGCAUGCUGGAGGCCUUCUAGAGGAACAAAUUCUGAGUCUUAUAAGUUGCUCAAACACGCCCGCCAAAAUGGCACUGCUGCAAGAUGUUUAACAAGGCAUCCGAGUCGUCCAAGCACCUCCUUAUUCAAACCGCCCUCGAGGUUUCUCCGACGCAAACAAUAAAGCUAGAAAAGUCUUGUCGCAUCCCAAGACUAAUUCUAAAAUGAGUCGCUCGGAGGUCCAACCAUGCACCUUUCCAGACAUUGCAGUUUCGUAUCGAGUUUACAUUCUUGAUGAUAUUUUAGCGGAGCCCCAGGAAAUAGUCCACGAUUGGACUCGAAAUCUUCUAUACAUCAGUCAGCGGCAUCGACAGGGUAACAACUUUGCACCUAUCGAAUUCUUUAGCGAAAUCCACAUUUUUGAUAUCUCAACCGGCGACAUUACUGCCUCGAUCGAUAUCAGCCCUUACGCAGGACCACAUUGCAUAGAGCUAGAUACAUCUUGUAGCUACCUCUACGUUUAUGUUACCGGAGGGGCUAUUUGGGUCGACCUCAAGUCCAGAACAGUCACCAACUUCGAGCUUGCACAGGGGAGAAGGAGUGGGGAAAGGACCAUAGAAAAGUUCAUUGCUGAAGUUGAUCUGAGGUCUGGGAAGAUGAGGCAGAGAAUCAACGUCCCAGAAGAAAAUAUAAACUCCAGCGAUGGGCGGCACAUAAGCUUCCCUACCACUGCGAUUCGAUUUGCGAGUCGGUCAUCAAGCAGCAGACUACCCGUUAUGGACGUUGCGAAUGAUCACGUUGUCGAUGCUAUCAAAGCCAAAUUCCCGGUUAAGGCGAUCUACAUCACAUCUAAGAAUAUUAUGCUAGUUUGAAGUUGAAGCAUAGCACUUGGUUAUUUUAUGGGCUAAUACUUACUGUGGUUAUGACGGAAGAUAGGAGUUAUGGAGCACAAGAAUCAUUCUAUAUUAGCAUGGAGGGGACGUAGUGCUUGUCAUUAUUUGUGAUAGA